AUGGCGCGACCAACUUCUGAUUCGAAGUCUAAGCCAUCCACAUAUUUGUUCUUUUACAAUACCAUCUCAGCCAUCCUUCGAACAGCGCUCUUGCUCAGAACGACAUAUCUGUGGUUAACCCAAGGCAAUUUGGCUGUGUGGGACGAACUCAACAUCAUAGCGCGAUGGACUGAGACUUUUACUGUCAUGGAAAUUAUCCAUGCUGUCACUGGUCUUGUCCGAGCAGCUCCCGCUACGACAGCGCUACAAGUCGCUGGUCGAAACACUAUUGUCUGGGCUAUUACGCGAAACUAUCCGGAAGUUGGCUAUAGGGAGACUGCGUAUAGUCUUAUGCUCAUGGCUUGGAAUGCGGCGGAUGCAAUCCGAUACUUUUACUUUACUCUUCAGACGGGGACGGGAUCUGUGCCAGCUGGUUUGACAUGGUUGAGAUACAACAUGUUCCUUGUUCUUUACCCCAUUGGUAUUCUCUCAGAGAUGAAGCUUGUGUACGAAGUCAUCCAGCCAUCCCAAGCUCGGAACCCAGCGUAUCAGUAUCUGCUUUGGUUUGGAUUAGCCAUCUACGUUCCAGCAUUUUAUAUCCUCUUUGGGCAUAUGCUCUCUCAGAGGGCCAAGCUGAACCGCACCAACCUCAAGAAACAGAUCUGAUAUUGGGCCAAUAAGUCUCGACUGAAAACUGAAUCAAAAGGUGUGGAUCCUGUUUCUUAGAGCUUGCGAAUUUUAUGCAAUCUUGCUAUCGGAUUCUGCCAGUAUUAGACUAGCCUGUCAUGGAUGGCGGUUAAACUGGUUAUAGCUUCAAAUGUGUUGGUUCUGCGAAAUCUAAGCGCGCGGUAACAACGAACCAAUUAGACACUACAUAUCCAUGCAUAGAAAAGGGG